AUGGAUGAUCUAAGUAUCAAUUCAGAGACCCUGUAUCACUCUAGAAGCAAAGACUUACUUAGAGCAGUAAAAGAAAACCCUGAUAAUGAAUUUUAUGCAAAAACAAUAGGGCAACUCUUAUAUCAUAUGGGAAAAGAUGGUAUAUAUGAUGAAGCUGUAAUUAAAAAGAUAGAAAAAUGUCUUUAUAAAUUUAAGGGUGAGUUUCCAAAAGAUUAGCUUUUGGUGCUUUUUAUGGAUUUUUAUCCCUUUCUAUAGAUAAUCAAUAUUUGCAUGAUUUCUUUGAUGCUGAAUUUCGUAUGCAUUAAAGAAAAAGAAAGAAUUGGUAAGAAUAAAAAUUUAUAAAGAAAAUAUAGGUCAUAAUGUCACAAUUGUAUAAUUAGACAAUAUAGGAGACAUCUAAAAUAUUAAACAGAUGUACAAUUAAGAUUAUUACAUGCUUGUAUAAGUGCAAAAUAUUUUGAACCAGAUAUGUUUGAUAAUCUUGUAAAAGAUACAGAUGAAGGACGUUAUAGAACAAUGGAUGAACUUAAAGCUGUUAGAGAAAAUGCGCCUAAAUAAUAUAUAGGAGAUCAUCUAUAUUAACCAGAAAUGUUAGAAUAAUAUUUGAAAUUAAAGGUAUUAGGAAAUAAUGAAGCAAUUUAAAGAGAAAAAAGAUUGAUUUAAGAAAAAUAACUAGAUGACUUAUUAUAUGAUUAAUUUAUGCUUAAUAAAGUAGAAUAAUAGAGAGAUAAAGAAUAAUAAAUAAAAGAUAAUAGAAAAGGUAUGAAGGAUGAAGAUGGUUAAGAUGAAGAUGAAGAAAUUGAUAAUCAAUUAACAGAAGAAGAAAGAAAAGAUUGUAAUCAAUUAAAUAUAAUUUUAGUACUUACUGAUUUUUAAAAGAAACAUUUUGAAUCAUUAGAUAUGGAAACUGUUAAUCCAGAUGAUUUACCACCUGAAUGGUUUAUGGAUAAUAAUUAAUCUAAGGAUAAUGAUUUUGAUGAAAUGGAUGAAAGAAUUUAAUAGGCUGCUUAAGAAAAAUCUUAAUUUGCUAAAAAUAAAGAACUUAAGAAAAGAAAAGGAAGAAGUGGUAAAGGAGAUAUUUUUAAUGCCAUGGAAUGA